AUUUUGUCAAAGUUGGUGUGACUGUUUGAAAAAAUUAGCCAAUCGCUCGGCACCGUGUGCACCUAACCUAAAAGAUCAAAUGAAAUUAAUAUUCACCGAAAAAUACUCGUAAAUCUUGAUAAUUUUCUAUGUGAAAUAAUGCAAAAUAAUCAAUGGUUCGUAUAGAAAAGAUGGAAGAGCGUUUAAACGCAAACAACACAUCGCCGAGGAAGCGCGUGGAUAGCUUUGUAACGAUAAAUGAAAAACCCGUAGAUGAGAUCUCGUUGGAUUUCUUUUAUAAACCACAUACGAUCACUCUUUUAGCGAUAUCAAUUGGUGUCGUCAUUUACACCGCUUUCGUUAGAGACACGAAUAAUGUCGAAAAUAAUAUAUGGACCGGAAUGUUAUGCUGCAUAUUUUUCUUCCUCAUCAUCUCAGUUUUGGCAUUCCCUAACGGACCGUUUAUCCGUCCUCAUCCAGCUGUUUGGAGAAUAGUCUUUGGAUUUAGCGUUCUUUAUUUAUUAGGAAUGCUUUUUUUGCUAUUUCAAAAUUACCAAACGAUUAGGAAUAUCUUGAUAUGGUUAGAUCCGAGUCUCUCGGAAUUUCACAUUGAUAUGGAACGAGAGUAUGGUGUGAAUUGUUCGGAUAUAACCCUUGAAAGAGUUUGGAGUCAUGUGGAUAUAUUUGCUUUGGGUCAUUUCUUGGGAUGGAUGUUUAAAGGAAUUCUAAUUAGACAUACAGGGAUUUUAUGGGCGAUUAGUAUUAUGUGGGAAUUCACUGAGGUUGCUUUCGCCCAUUUACUGCCUAAUUUUAUUGAGUGUUGGUGGGAUGCCUUAAUUCUUGAUGUAUUGGUUUGUAAUGGAUUGGGUAUUUGGUGUGGAUUAUACAUUUGUAAAAAGUUAGAAAUGCGCGAAUACAAAUGGGCGUCAAUAAGAGAUAUUCACACAACAACAGGAAAAAUUAAAAGAGCUGUUUUGCAAUUUACCCCAGAAAGUUGGACUUCAGUGAGAUGGCUUGACCCUAAAUGUUCUUACAUGCGUGUCUUAGCCCUUUGCCAACUGGUUAUUUUCUGGCAAACUUCUGAAUUAAAUACUUUCUUUCUAAAACAUAUAUUUGAAAUGCCCCCUUCACAUCCGUUCGUCACGGGUCGUUUAAUUUUGAUUGGGGUGAUUGUCGCGCCAUCUGUAAGGCAAUAUUACAGUUAUAUAACGGAUACUACUUGUAAAAGAGUUGGGACACAAUGCUGGGUUUAUGUUUGUAUCAUGGUGGCUGAAGCUUUACUUUGUAUUAAACAUGGAAAAGAGCUUUUUGGACAAACUCAAGCAAUUAACAUUAUGGUUUGGUUAUUAUUGCAAUUAAUUAUUACUGUUUUGUUCAUAUUUGGGUGCGUGAUGUGGAACAAAUAUCAACCGGAGAAAAGUGGAGAUGUCUCCAGGGAGUCUAGUCCUACGAAAUACAAGAAAGGAAGAGGGGAAAAGUCUCAUAUGAGUGGCGACGACGUUGCAUUCUCAAAAGAAGACUAAGAUUAUUUUUUUUGUAGACAAUUUUAAUUUUUCUUAAUAGUUUUUGUUGAUUUGAUUUGAAAUGUGUUUGUUAAAACUUCUAAAUUUCUUUUCUUAUUUCUAGAGAAUUUUUAAAUUAUUUUUUUUCACAAGAUAAAUACAAAAAAAAAGAGACUGUUCUUAUUAAGCCUGCAAUAAUUUUUCUAAAACGAAUGUAAAGUAUAAAAAUCUUACUGAAGAGAGAAUGUGCCAUACUUUAAACCACAUUUCUUACCCACAUUAAUUGCAACCACUAUGGAUGUGUUUAUGUAUUUAAAAAAGUCCAUCGUACUUAACAAAACGUUUGCAAUCGUCUCUACCAUUUUUGUUGCAAACAAAGUACGAGAAUCUAGUCUGUUUUCUGACAAAAUAAACUCACAAAUGUACCAAAUAUACUAAGAUUGCCUCGAAAUAAUUAAAAAUGUUGUUAAUAAUACAGGUUGACUUAUAAAAACUAAUAAAACGCAAUAUUUUUAUAACGCAACCUGUAUUAUAAAUAUAAAAAUAUAGAAGGAAAUUGUUCUGUGUUAUUACUCGAUAAUAAAACGUUAAAACCCA